AUGGCCAUCAAGCAGAGGCCGGACGAGUCCCUGAAGAAUUUCAUGACUCGCUUCAACACAGAGAGUCUGCAGAUCAGGGACAAGGAUGAAAAGGUGGUCAUGGCUGCCUUCAUGAAUGGGAUAAGAGUAGAGGAGCUUUACUACAAGCUUGUCAAACAGCCCCCCAAGAAUCUGGGAGAGCUCUUGACCCGGGCUCACGCCGCCGCUAACGCAGAGGAGGCCGGCCGCCUGAAACCAGAGUCAGAUCGGGAACUCGGGGACCGGAGAGGAUGGGGAAACCCCCCUGAAACCAAGGACGAUCAAGCCCGGAAGAACGUCUUCGAUCGCCUCUCUAAGGAUAAAACCCCCGCUCAACCGCCGCUCCUGGAAAAAGUGUAUACCCCCCUGACUCGGCUAAGGGCACAGAUCCUGGCUGUGAUGGAGGCGGAGGGUCUCGGAGGACGGCCGCCCAAGAUGGGGGCGCCCCGGAAUAAAAGGAACCAGGACCGGUACUGUGCCUUCCACCGUGAUGUAGGGCAUGAUACGGAGGGAUGCUGGACCCUGCAGAAGGAGAUCGAAGACCUGAUCCAGCGCGGUUUCUUGGGGCGGUUUGCGCAAUCAGGACGGCCGGGCCAGGAGACCGGACGUACCUACCGUGGAGAGAGGGGUGGAGAAGGCUACCGCCGCGACCGACCUUAG